AUGGGUCGGCUGCUGCGAGAGCACGGUGGCCUCGUGCGCGCCUCGAGCGCGGCCCGUCCCGCUGCGGCGCUAGCCUCCGCGGCACCUCAUGUAUUUAACGCUGGCGUCUCUUCGCCCCUGUCGAAUCAAGAACACUGCGCGGAUGCUUCGACUGGGACGAUGCCCUGCACGCCGUGUCCCCGUCCUUCGGAGCGACUUCCUUCUGCAUCGGAUUCACAGCGUCCUGCGGGGAGGGAUUCCCCUGUCAAAGAUGGGCGAGCCCCGCCCGCUGCUGUCCUUUACUGCAGCCAGCGGCCUACGCGUGUUCACGAUUGUGAGCAGGCAGCAGUGCGGGAGCGGCACACAGGGGCGGGGGCAUCACCUGAGGGGCCUUCGCAUAGUCCUUCGGGGUCACACACGCACAACUCUUCGUCGCUUGGUAUUGGUACAAAAGCAUCAAUGCCGCUUUCCAAAGCCUCACAGCAGCACCGACAAGUGCCGUCAUCCUCCACGCACGCGGUUAUACUGGAGGGAUACCUAGCUGAACAGCUUCACCAUCAUCGCCUGGAUAGAGGCAGGCAGCGAUAUCCGACGCCGCCGUGGUGGUUACCUGGAGGAUUAGAGACAGACGGUGAUCUUGUGAGAGGCGCGACACGCCAUUCUUUCCCCUCCGUGCUUCAGCGGAGGGCCGGCGAUGACGACGUAACGCUUCACACAGUGCAGGCAGAGCGAGGCCUCGGGGUGGAACACCGGCUGCCAUCGCCAUCGACACCGGCUCCGCCGCCGCCGCGAUCACGCGCGCGUAGCGCGAGGAAGGGUUGUCCGCCACGGCCUCGUUCGCCCUCGGUCCAAUUGCAGGCGCACCUCAGCACCUCUUCUAACAAGCUCCAGGAGGCAGAUGGGGGUGCGUCGCCGCUGUCGUUUGUGGACCCUGGCGCGUAUCGCCUUGGCAAUGCUGAGGCACAGAGCUCGAGGACUGGUCUCGGGCUUCGCGGUGCAUGUGCUCCGGCUCACCGGCUUGGACGGCAGUCUUCUCGGUAUUCUCUUCUCCAUGGUAUCUUCCCUAAGUCUCCAUCCGCGGACUCGAUGCGACCGCGAGGCACCUUGUGUGGCAUCUCGUCGUCGACGGAGGCAGCGCCCGACAGCGACACGGAGGCGAUAUCAGGACGCAUGGCGCUCAGCAACGUGUUGGGCACCACCGCUGCGUCCACAUGCCGCCUUCGCGUGUACCAGGAAAGCGUCAACCACCCUUCCGGGUUUGCUGUUCCACGGCGCGGCGCGGGGACGGCGGCGCCAGUGGAGGCAAACUGGGACGGUCUUGCGGCGUUGCCGCAGACGGUGGCGGAUCGACACGCCAUCGAGUGCGCUGUCAAUGCCGUCCCGGGGUCUCUGAUAUACGGAGCCAGCAACCACGCGUCUGCAUCUGCGCUGGCUGCGUACAGACAAGGUGUAGCUGCCGAGACGGGUAUUGACCCGGUACAGCUGCGGCAUGGCCCGCUGAGCGCGUGCUACGAUCGUGUGCGAGGCGGCUGGAGGGGGCCGAUCGUGCAGCGGGUGGACGGCGGCGGUGGCGGUGGCGGAGCUAGUCUGACGCACACGACAACGCGGGUGCGUGUUGGGGCCUCGCGUCCCAGUGAGCUGUACGACCCCAUAUCGGGUCUGCCACGAAAGCCGAAUGAGGUGCUGGCCGUAUAUCUGCAGUCCAUAGCGGCGGAGGCUGCGCGGGGGCAUUUUCGCACCGCCCCUUCCGUUCAGGGAGAGGUGGGAAGGGUGGUGUCUUACCACCACGGCGACGGUGGCCCUCACGCCUCGAUGGAUGCACCAGCCGACUUCAGCUCCGCACCGACGAGGCGGCAGACCAGAAGUGGAGCGUUUGCUUGGGCGGACAAGCUCAGCAGACUCGCCCAGCAGCGCAGGGCGCGCGCGACGGUGCGGUCAGCGCAGCUGCACUCCACCCACCGCAUCACCGGGCUGCCUCUCCGCCCAGAUGAGCGACGCUUGUAUUGGGCGGAGCAUGCGCCGCUGCACACGACGUCGGUACGAGGGCUGAACGCGGUGCUGCAGGGCGUGGGAGAGGCCGAGGAGGGCCUGCUUGUCGAGGGCGUUGGCUCGAGAAGCUCGUGGGCUAAAAGGGGAGGCACCGGCAGAGGAGCGCCGUGGGCAGGCGCUAACGUGGCCGUGUGCGCAGAGGAAGAGACAGAGGUGACGCUCGACCAUUGGUGCGCCUCGACCGACGCGAGCUGCGGCGAUAAUGAUGGCGACGACAACAAUAACGAAGCGUGGCCAGCAGUGGCAGUUGAACGACCACGUCGACGGGGCAGCGGAGGGAGGGGAGAGUUUCAGACUGAGUCUGCACCGCUGCACCAUUCCCGACUGCCAACUCGUGCCUCCGAGCAUAGUGCGUUCUCCUAUGCGAAUUCCGCCGUGGCUGCCGCUUGUGUGCGCGGCUCUCGUCGAGGCGCCGCCGACGCGUCGCGCGUUCAUGUGGAAGGCAAGAACGGCUUGGUGGACUCGCAUGUGUACGAGGAUGUCACCACCGAUGUUGAGAAUGGUGCCCGAACACGCCGCCCAGACCAUGAUGGCCUCUCGCAUCAUCGGACGGAGAGCGGCCACCGCGCGGGGACGCCACCGAUGGAGCAAUCAAGGAGAACCUCACCAUCUCGGCGCUCGCUUUCUCACGAUCACCCUGAGCGCAACCACCAUGACGAGGAGGACUUACUCCUCUACCCGCCGCUGCUCACGCCUCUUCUGCAGGAGGUGGACAUGCGCCUGCGCGCUCACCAGCUCCCCUCCAUGGCAGAGCUGUGGCGGUGGGGCGUUGGCGAUCAGGAGGCAAUUCUCCAGAUCGCCGGUUUUAGGCGAGCGGAGCGGCAGGCGAUCCUAUGGGAGCUAGAGCGCAUGAUACGGGUCAGUUCAACAAGGUGCGCGCUGUCGGCUGCUGCCUGA